AUGGAUGCUAAAGAUUUUAUUGAAUUCGGUAAAGCAAGCCUUGAAUUCAUUGUUAACUAUAAUGAUACUAUAAGGAAUAGAAAUGUUCUGCCAAGUGUUCAGCCUGGGUUUUUGAAAGAAAAGCUGCCAGCCGAAGCUCCAGAGGUGGGGGAAACUUGGCAGGAGGUGUUGAAGGACGUAAAGGAGAUAAUCGUGCCAGGAAUAACGCAUUGGAACUCACCAAAUUUUCAUGCCUACUUCCCUUGCGGCACUUCCUACCCAGCAAUAAUCGGCGAGCUCAUGUGCGCUGGAUUAUCAACACUCAGUUUUUCCUGGAUGUCAUCACCUGCCGUCUCAGAAUUGGAAGAUCUGACUAUGAAUUGGUUAGGAAGGGCAAUAGGGUUGCCAGAGCAGUUCUUGAGUGACACUGGAAAAGGUGGCCGUGGGAUGCUGGAAAGUUCAGCGAGUGAGACAACAAUGAUUUGCCUGUUGGCAGCAAAGACGCGAACCCUUCGACGAAUUAAAACCGAAAGCCCACAUUUAGAUCACGAGAAUUUGGAAUCUAAAUUAGUGGCCUAUACUUCAGAAGAGGCAAAUUCAUCUGUUGAAAAAGCGGGAGUUCUGGGCUCCAUGAAAAUGAAAUUGCUACCAGCACAGGACGAUGGCUCCCUGAACUAUCUGAUACUCAUCAAUGAGAUAUUAAAAGACAUAGAGAUUGGCCUCAUUCCUUGUUAUAUGGUCGCAAACAUCGGAACCACUGGCACUUGUGCUUUCGAUAAUUUAACUGAAAUAGGACACGUCUGCAGAGCAUUCGAUAUAUGGCUCCAUGUAGACGCUGCUUAUGCAGGUGGGGCUUUCGUAUGUCCUGAAUAUCGAUACCUCAUGAAUGGAGUGGGAUAUGUUGAUUCCUUCAAUUUCAACCCACACAAAUGGCUUCUUACUAAUUACGAUUGUUCAGCUUUGUGGGUUCAACAUAGUCAUGAUCUUAUUGAAACCUUCCAACAUGAAUCGUUUGAUUUGACUCAUGCCAAGGAAAACGAGAAAUAUGAAUACAAAAAUUGGCAAAUUGCACAAGGCCGUCGAUUUAGAGCUCUUAAAUUAUGGUUUGUCAUGCGGAUGUACGGGGUGGAGGGUUUGCAGGACCACAUCCAGGAGGCAAUAGCCUUGGCUAAAAAGUUUGAGGAUUACGUGAAUGGUGACGAGCGUUUUGAAAUUGUCACGCCGAGAUCUUUGGGACUCAUCUGUUUCAGGAUGAAGGGUGAAGAUGCACUGACGCAGGAUCUUCUUAAGCGAUUAAUGCGCAGAAAGAUAAUCUACGUGAUUUCUGCCACUCAUCGGGGACGGUUAAUGAUCCGAUUUGCAGUAUGUACUGCUAAUACCACUGAGGCGGAUAUCGAAUUUGCAUGGAAAGAGAUAACAGAGCAGUCUGAUAUGGUUCUUCAAUGCUCUUGUCACCAACCAUCCCGAUAA